AUGACCCCCGACACAGUGCCACCGUCAUUAAUGCAGCCCAGUCUGGGUCUCGGAUCUCAAACCCCGAUGCACCUAGUCCACAUCUCGAACCUAAAACUGAAUGCCCAGAUCUUCUCUUCACGGUCCCUGUCGAUCGAGCGACGGAUUCUGAUCAAGAACUUCCUGACGGCACUCUACCAGAUGCAUCCGAUCGAAUGGAUCGAGGAGAGCCCCGUGGAUGACCAAGACGAAUGGAUGGAGCAGACACUCUCUGCGGCGGGGAUUGAGGGCCAGGCAGAGGCCUCCUCCUCUGCUCAGGAAUGCGAAUACGAUUAUUAUGGCCAUGGCAACUACAGCCCCUCAGAGCACAGCAUCCACAGCACUGGUCGAGGAGGACCUGAUGAACCCAUUCUAUCGCCAGCAGCUGCAGCGGCUGCCUCGGUUGUCACUUCACGACGGAGGCCCCAGUCUCUACGGUCCAGCAACGUACCACUUCCGCGCCCGGUCUCGAUGGAUCUGCCCGUAGCGUUACAGUCCUACCUCUCAACAGUCUUUGAUGUCAACUGGUCCGUCGGAUUGUCUAGCACAGAGGAUUCGUUGUACACGGCUAAACCAGGAUCGCACUCGCCCUUGCGCUCGCCAGCGCCAGCCGCCUCGGCUUUGUCAUCUGUUCCACCAGUCUCUGCGGGCAACUCUUUUUCUCAGGACCGAGCCUGGAGAACACAGGCAGGAAAGAACAACAGUCAUCAUCAGCCUCAGAUGUAUCAGACGCCCGAGGGACCGGACAACGCAAAUGGAUGGGGUCUAAGCAGAUAUGGCAAAACCGAGUACGAUGAAGGCGACAACAACAUCUCUUCUCCACAGAACCAAGACGGCAAUCAUGGCUAUCACCGUCAUCAGGCUGGACCUGAUAAUACAGUUCAACAAAAACAGUACUGCCAGGUACCAUCAGGGAAACCGGCUCGACUUUCACCUGUGCCUUUACCAUCUACCGCCUAUACCUCUGCUCAUUCUCAGGCGCACAACCAUGGUCAGGACAAUGGACACUACGAUCAGGGACAGGAAUCUCAGACGCAUAUUCAUAAUCAUAUUCAUAUCCAUAUUCACAAUUAUCCAACCGGCAUCAACCAACCGCAGAGCAGUAGUGCGAGCACAGGCAGCAGCAGCAGCAUUAAUAGUAAUGAAAGAGGUUAUCCUGUUCCGGUCUGUCGAUCGAGUCGAUACCCUAAGUCGGAACCACUGCAGACUCUGCAGCAACAGCUGAUAGCGGUAUCAAGAGGAGAAGGAUCGACAUCAACAUAUGUGGGACCAAUUAACCAUGACCCAGUUUCAUCGGAUUUUCCGCUGCCACCGACGACGAAGCCAUACUGCUCUGCACCAAUUGCGAUUGCAGCGGCAGGACCACUUGCACCCUUCCCUUUGCUUUCGCCCUCGCCUUCAAAUAAUUCGUCCGCACUAUUAAGAUCGGGAUCGGAAGCAUACCCACCCGAGAAGUCGACUGGGUGUUUGUCACUGGGUCAAGAAGAGGAGCAACUCUAUCUGGCGACGGCACCACCAGUAGUCCCGGUGUCAUCGAAAUAUACGCGUUCGCUGCCACCACCACCCUAUACCCAGUCGGCUGAGGAGGAACAGCAGCAAAGACAGCGGCAGGAGCAACAGGAGAUGUCGUAUCCGCGGGCGAUGACACAGCUAUCGAUAUCGCCGUAUCAUUCAUCGGCCCUGACGACGAAACCACAGCCGACGCUGCCAUCGAGUGUGAGUUUUGUAAUUUCAGGGUCAGGAUCUUCUGUUUCGUCUUCAUCGACAGCGAGCGGGAAGAACCAGAAACUGAUCGAGUACCAGCAGUACGAGGAGCGGCAGAAAAUGUUCUUGCGGGAUGAUGAUGCGAAGGGGGAGCACUCGAGAGACGGAUUGGGGUUCAUUAAGCAACUGUUUCGACAGGGGUCGAAGAAGAAGGCGAUGACGACGACGAUGGCGGGGGCGGUGAUUAGUGCCCCGUUGUCGUCGAGUGCGAGUUCAGGCACGGUGAUUGUGAACUCGAGGACACCGUUUAUGCUGCAGGACCUGGUGAAGCAGGAUCUGGCAAAGCGUCUUGUGCCGCGCCGGUCUAGAGCUGGAUAG